GAAGUAGGAACUUCGCGCAUAUGAAUUGAUUUUGUGCUACUGUCGAACAUACAACAAAGGUACAACACUUAAGAUUUUUGUGUCGCCGUCUUCCAUCUGUGUUUAAGUAAAAUUCUUUUUUCAAAGUCAUUAUCAGUGUCUGUGUCCAUGGUAGUUUAAAUCGAUUAUAUUUAAGUUAAUUUAGAAGGGGACAAGUUAAAGCCAUAGCAAUAUGAUAGACACAGAGAAGAUUUCCUCAGGAGUGGAUGCCGCCUGUUCAAACAAGAGUGAGAAGAAAGAGAACGAAAAAAAGAAGAGAUCUCGGGUGAAACAGCUGCUGGCUGAAGUGAAGAAGCAGGUGGAAUUCUGGUUUGGUGAUGUAAAUCUUCACAAGGACAGAUUCAUGAAGAAUGUCAUCGAACAGUCACGAGAUGGAUAUGUUGACAUAUCCAUGCUGGCAUCAUUCAACCGAAUGAAAAAAUUGACUUCAGAUGUCAAAUUGAUAGCCAGGGCUCUUAAAAAUUCAGCAACAGUGGAGGUAAAUCUUCAGGGAACACAUGUUCGACGUAAGGAUCCACUUGGUGAAAGCCCAAAAGAUGUGGACAACCGCACAGUUUAUGUGGAGUUGUUGCCAAAGUCAGUGACUCAUGUUUGGCUGGAAAGAGUGUUUAGCAAGUGUGGAAAUGUAGUUUAUGUUAGCCUCCCCAGGUACAAGUCCACAGGACACCCUAAAGGGUUUGCGUUUGUGGAAUUUGAGACAGAGGAACAAGCACAAAAGGCUAUUGAGAUGCUGAAUAAUCCUCCAGAAGAUGCUCCAAGAAAGCCAGGCAUCUUCCCUAAGACUUGUAAGAAAAAGAUUAUACCUUUUGAAGCUAUCCAAGACACACAAGGUUAUGAGGAGGAUGGCAAGAAAAAGAAGAAAAAAAGGUCUCAAAAUGAUCUCAGUAACAGUGCCUGUGAAGAAAUUAUUGUAAAUAAAAUGGACAGAGAAGGAAUGUCUGGGACUGCAGUUACCAAUGAGCCAAAGAAACAAUCAUCAGAUGAAUCUAAAAUGGAAAACCCUGCAAUACUAGUCAGCAGUGCAAGCAAGAAUGUUGAGAAGAAAAGACAAAGAUCCUGCAGUUCUGAGGCGUUAGUUGGAGAAGUCCAAGAUGAGAUGCAGUCCAAAAUAAGAAAAGUAGAAGAGGAGGAAUACAAGGAGAGUGAGAUGAAAGGUAGAUUUAAUUUAUUCAUUUAUUUUUUAUUUUUCAUGAUAUUUGCCAAGUAAGGUAACUCAUGCUUGGAAUUGGUGCUGUGCAUUUCACCCAUCCAAGUGCACACACAUAGUAGGGAGUAGGGGAACACACACACACCUGGAGCAGUGGGCACCUUCCAGUGCCAGGGAGUAACUGGGGGUAAAUUUAUAUUUAAUAUUUGAAAAUAAAU